AUAGAAUAGAGUCUCUAGUACGAAUCACGAUGGAGGGAAGUUUAAAUGUACCCUUGUCUUUAAGUGGACCUACAAGUGGACCUACAAGUGAAUUGUCAGGCCAUUUCUGAAAAUUUGGUAGAGGAUUCUGUUAUCAAUAAUUGAUGUAUCUUCUCUCCAAUAUUAGGCUUUUCAGUACUUACGACCUAAAUAUUCAUUUGUGCCUCCUCAAGAAAUAACAGUCACUAUGCCUCCCAAAGUUGAAGCUGUCAAGGACAAUGUCGUUGCUUUCGGCAGGGUUCGUAAGAACUUAAAGAUGGGAUGCGUUGGUCUGCCUAAUGUGGGAAAGUCUAGUCUAUUCAAUCUCUUAACCGAGCAAAGCGCCGCUGCAGAGAACUACCCCUUUUGCACGAUUGAGCCCAAUGAGGCAAGAUGUCCUGUUCCCGACGCUCGAUAUGACUUCCUCUGUGACCUUUGGAAGCCCCCGUCUAUGUACCCAGCCUACUUACAGGUCACCGACAUCGCUGGUCUGAUCAAGGGUGCUUCCCAAGGAGAAGGACUUGGAAAUGCUUUCCUGUCUCAUAUCCAGGCCGUCGACGGCAUGUUCCACAUUGUCAGAGCAUUCGAUAAUGAUCAAGUCUUGCAUGUCGAUGACUCGAUCGAUCCCGUCCGGGACUUAGAUACCAUCCAAAGCGAGCUUUGCAAGAAGGAUCUCGACAUUCUGCAGAAGACCAUCAUUGCCGAAGAAGCAAUUGUCAAAAAGGCAGGUGGCAAGUACAAGAUGCUACCUCUCUUCACAGAGACAACGACAAAGAUCCGAGCAAUGCUGGAGAAGGAUCAGCCAGUCAGAGACGGAAGCUGGACACCGGCCGAGAUUGCGCUUAUCAACGAGAAGAUACAGCUAAUCACCACCAAGCCAACCAUCUACCUCGUCAACUUGACCAUGAAGGACUACCUCAGACAGAAGAGCAAGUACCUGCCAUCUAUCGCUAAGUGGGUCACCGAGCACGGAGGCCUUCCCCGCGACAUCAUUCCCUUCUCUAUCGAGUUUGAAGAGAAGCUCCACAGCAUGAAGGACGAUCCGGCUGCACAGGCCGAGUUCCUCAAGGACAGCAAGGUCAAGUCGAAACUGGACAAGAUCAUCACUGAAGGAUUUACGAAGCUAGGCCUGCAAUACUACUUCACUGCUGGUGAGAAGGAAAUCAGAUGCUGGACUAUUCCCAGAGGAUGUCUAGCACCACAAGCCGCUGGAGUUAUCCACGGCGAUUUCGAGAGGGGAUUCAUCAAGGCCGAAGUGGUCGCCUACCAAGAUUUCCACGACCUCUGCCAGGGCGGGAAGUCCAUGGGCCCCAUCAAGGCUGCUGGAAAAUACCGACAAGAAGGAAAGUCUUAUGUUGUCCAAGAUGGAGAUAUCAUCCACUUCCAAUUCAACGUUUCAAACAAGAAAUAGAUACACCCCUUUUCGAGGCCGGCGGCUAUGGAAGUUCGGAUAGCGACCAUUUUCAACAACUAGGGCCAAUUCAGCUUAGGAUAUGUUCAUCGUAGACUCCUUGACCUUUUACCAAGACCGCGAGCAUCUAUAGAUCUGAUUUACGAAACUUGCUAGAUAGAUCAAUCAAAGACUAAAUUGGUUCCCCGCGUCAGUAUAAAACAGUUGUGCUGUUUGAGCAGAUCUAGGCGAAAAGCAUCUUUGCCUUAAGCUAUAGUAAUUGAUAUUGGAAAGACUGGGCUUAUGGUUCAGAAAAUGAAAAGCACGAAACUACUCGAAGUACCUCAAUAGUUCAGUAGCGACAAAUCAACAUAGCCAACUAAUCACCUACGAGUACUACCAGCUGACUAGAUACUUCUUCAUCAUGAGGAGGUUCCCAUAGGGGAGAGGGAUGUUCUAAACUAACUAAUUUGGG